AUGUCUAAAUUGAUUAAUUGUAGAAUUUCUUUGUAAAACUAUAUCCCAAUGAUAUAUUAUGAACCAUUAUUGGAGGCAGAAAAUGAGACCUUUCAUUAUUACAGCAGUGUUGUCUCCACUCUUUUGACAGAUGGAGAAAUACUAUCAGAAGGCAAUGUGGAAAGUAAAAAGAAUCCCUUUAAGAGUUUCCAAAUUCAUCAACAAAGGGAAUCAAUAAUUAGAUCAAAUCAUUAUUGGUCAAAGAUGGGAGAUAUUACUUCAUGGAUUUAAUUAAUAAAUAAAUUUAUCAUUUUUAUUGAAGAUAUCAAUUCCAAAGAUGAUGAAAAAGAAUAAGAUAAUUCAAAAAAUGAAUUAAUAAAAUGGUGUAGACUAUAAAAUAUCAAUAUACCUAAAAUGAUAUUAAUUUUAGCUUAUAAUGAAUACAUAAUAGAUUUAACUUAAAAAUAUGUCUCCGAAUAUUCAGUCAUUAAUAAAUGUUGUUCACUUGAUUAAUUAAAAUUGAAUAGAACCGUCUCCUUAAAGAAACAAUAAUCAAUGCCAGAACAUUCUGAAGACAUACAAGCCUGUUUAUUAAGGCUAUUUUAUAAAGGCUUAAGUAUCUUUAGUGGACAUAAGAGUGCUGGUUACUUUAAUUAUGUUGCCAAUUAGAAAUUUAAAUUAUGCUAUAACAAUUUAAUGGCUAUCAUUGGAGAUUUUCCUCUGACUUGCAUAGUUAUGGCUUUUUUGUAAAAGAAUCAAUAAUAUGAAAUUAAAUAUUCUACUAAAAUAGAUGACAUUAUGAUACCGUAAUUGGCACCAAAAGCAUUUGUCAAAGAACAUAAACUAUAAUUCAUAUAGCGAUAAUCCUUGCAUUUGAAUGAAAUAACCUUUAAUGGCAUUGGCCAAGUUCUGUUUAAUGAAUUAUGGAAACAUCAAUCAGGUCCUUAAUUAUCUUAGGAUUGCAUCUUGCAACCUAAUAUUGAGAUGAAUUGUAUUACUGUCUUGUAUGAUCCCAAUGUGGCCAAAAAGGAGAUCAUAGAAUAGGAGUUGAAUGGAAAAAUUAAAGAUUUGUAGAACUUUUACAGAAAUUAAGUAAAAGAAAUACCAUAUGAAAAUGAUUCUAAAUUUAUUAUGCAAGCUGGUGGAAGUAUGAAGGACUGGAUUGAAAAAAGUGCAUAUAAGACUUUCUUCAUAGAAGGCUUGCCUUUAGAUAUCACUCAGGAAUUGCUUUAAGAAUUCUUAUAAGAUGUGGUCAUUUCAGAAAUGAAGUUGUAUAAGGAGGGUGAUAAAAUAACAGCCAGAAUAUCUCUAUAAGAUCAUGAUGAUUUACUUUUUUGUUUGGAGAAUAUCAAAGAAUACAAGGAUAACUAAUUGAAGGUUUAUACUCAACAGGAUCAAUUUGAACAUAAUGAAGAAAAAUUACUAUUCAAUGAGCAAUACAAAAUAAUAAUAACCUGGAAUUUACAUUUAAACAAAGGUACUGCUAUUAUUAAAUUGAAUUCUCCACAUCUAUUUAAUGCAGAAGACUUUGAAACAAUCUAACAUCUGACAUAUAAAAUGAAUCUUAAAAGUGUUUACGAGGAUGAGUAAACAGUAUUAGCAGAUUUAAAAUAACAACAUAAAGAUAUUGAUAUAAAAUCAGUCACAAUAGAUAAAUAAUUAAGAUAUGAAAAUAAUGGAGAUCUCUAAUUAGAAAUACAAAAAUUAUUAUCUAAUAUUCCUCAAGAUAAAUAUAAAAUUGACUCGAUUACAAAAUAAAAUUGUAAAAGAAUUUUGUCUCUUAUAGUUUAUGACAGAAAUAUUAUGGAAUAAUUUAUCAACUUACAUAAUCAGAUUAAAUAAUUUAGAGGAUUGAAGGUUUAAUUAAAUGUUAAGCCUUUUUACUAUCAUGAUUAUGAAGGACCAAUCGAAAUGAAAUAAAUAGUUGAGGAAAUUUUCGAUGAGAAGAAACUUAAACUUGGUUAAUAUACUAUUACAAGUGAUGAUGAAUUCAAAAGAGUAAAAGUUACUAUUGAAUGUUGGAACAAAUAGGAUCAUGAGUAAUUGAACAAAGAAAUAUAGGAUGCAUUCACUCCAAAAAUAAUUAAGUCCUCAUAAGAUUUUGAUAUCACAGUUAUAUUUAGUUAAUCUGGUACAAGAUUCCUUAAAACCUAAGAAGAAUCUUUAUAAAUUCUAAUUCGAUAGGAUUUUAUUAAUAAUCAAUUAUUUGUAAAUAGUUCUUAAGUCAAAUACAAUCAAUUAGCCAAGGCAAUUAAAGAAUUCGUUUCAGAUUGUUCUAAAAGUAUAAUUUAGAUUCCAAAGAAUUGUAUAAGAUUAAUAAUGGGAAAUGAUUCUUAAGGACUUAAUGAAAUAAAGAAGAACUUCGACUUAAAGAGUGUUAAAUUCAAUAGUAUUUCAGGUGAAUUACAAUUAUUUGGUGAUUAGAAGAAUCUUGAUGCUGCCAUCAUUUCAAUUAGUGAAAUUAUAUCUUCUCAAUAAUAAUAAGAUAAACCUAUCAAUGCAUUAACUUGUAACUAUUGCUUUGAUAAUAUGAAAAAUGGAUAUAUGCUCCAAGGUUGUGGACAUAAGUUUUGUCUUUAGUGUAUAAUGUUCAGCAUUCAAAAUUCAUUGGGAGACAUGACUUAAUUGCCAAUUAAAUGUCCCUAAUGUAAUCAAGGUAUACUUUUGGCUGAUUUACACAUUUUAAUUGAUGAGCCUAGUUGGGAAAAGUUAAUAAAAUUAUCCAUCAACAAAUAUUUACAAGACCAUGCAGCAUAGAUAGCUUUCUGUUUGACUCCAAAUUGUCCAAUAAUUCAUUUCCAAAAGAUUCCAAGAUAUACCUGUAAGAAAUGUAAGAAACAGUAUUGUAAUUCAUGCAGAGCUCCAUAUCAUUUUGGAUAAACUUGUAGAGAAUUCAAAGCUGGUAAUGAAGAUUCCAUUAAUAUAUAUAUGAAGAAGAAUGAUGUAAGAAGAUGUCCUCAUUGCAAAAUAUUGAUUCAAAGAAUUGAUGGUUGUUAUAGAGUUACUUGUACAGGAUGCAAAAAAAGUAUUUGCUGGAAAAAUAAAGCAGAUGGCACACCAUGUAUGGCUUUAUUUGAAACAUCUUCGGAAUGUUAUUCACAUUUAACCAAAGAACAUGGUGGAUAUUGGUGA